AUGAGAAGAUCGAAAAGACUAAAGACGAGACAGCAGCAUUCUAUAAGUAAGUGCGAGGAUGAUUUGCCUGACAUAACACCCGCCCGGAGUAGUAUGAUCGAAAUUCUGGCGAAGCCACUACUAUUAGGCAAUGGGACUGCUGCUCAGCAUGCUGAUGAGGAUGCCUAUUAUGAUGAUGACGAAGAAGAAGAAAAAGAUGAUGACGAGACAGUAUCUAUCAAUGAAGAGCAGUCCGAUGAAGAACAUGAGAGUGUGACAGAAAGCGCCAUUGUUCCAUCUGGAUACCAUAUAAGUAACUUUGGAAUGGACAUCAUUGCAGUCACCCAGAAGACAAACCCACGUCCUCUGCUGGCAGAUUUCGAAUCGUCCAACAAAAUGAGCUCAUUUGAUGCUCUGAUUUACAACUUGAUUCUUCUCAAUAAUACCUUAUCAGAACCUUACUGGUAUCAGGUGUUCUACCGCGCAACAGAAGAAAGCAAGGUCUAUGAUGGUGUCGGGACUUUCCACGAGUUGCUUGAGUUGGAUCAGAAGCAAUGCUUGGACGUUCUUGUGGCUUCCGGACUUGUGGCGCCGAAUAAGAACCACCGAAUGCAAGCAAAGCGAAAGAUAUUUGAGCGAAUUUUAGAUUUGGUGCCUGGCUUUGAUUUCAAAAUCAACACCACAAACCAGGGCUUUAGUCACACUUUUGUUUUGAUUGGCCCGCCGACAAAGACAGUACCGUCCCUGAGUGAACAAAUAGGCCUAGACAAAGAGACACCAGUCUUCAAACAGUUAAUAUAA